ACACCCCUGUCUUUACCUGCUGGAGCAGCAGUUGCUCUUGCAACCAUGGUGGGUGGUGGGGCUUUUAGGUGUGUAUCACCUUUAGGCUGUUCUGGGGCUGUGGGUGCUUACAGAGGGGAACUGGAUGAGAAGCUGAAAGUCAGAGCUGGUACAGCUAAUAUGGACUGGUCCACCUGUAAUGAUUAAUGUGUUGCACAGUAAGAAAGGAGUGAUCUGUCUUUAUUGGUUUUGUUGACCUUUACAGAUUAUUUUAUGUGGUUGUUUUCCUUUUGCUCUAUUAACAAUUUGGUGGCUUAAUACCCGAGAUCCUGCUGUGCUUCAUAGAACAUCAGAAAAGAGAGAAAGGAGUUCCUGUGUUUUCCAAGUAAAUUAGAGGCUUCCUUGAACUUGCAAAAUCCUUUGCAUUCUGAUAAAUUUAGCUUUUACCAUUUUCUGGGGAUCUUAUUUAAAAAAAAAAAAAAAAAAGGAUUUACCUGCUUAGUUUACAUAAAUGAAAUCAUAGACCUUGUCAGUUAAUUGUAAUUCCUACAUUUCUUUUGCUGUUAAGAAAACAAAAGUAAUGUAACAAUAAUAUGGCUACAUUCUUCAGCCUUCAUUUUCAAAGACAGGUUUCAUUGUUAGAUAAUAACAAGAAUUUAAAUUUACAGGGGUGAUUAUAAAAAUUAUUUUCUUUAUAAUGAGAACUUUUGAGCCUACCUUCCUACAUUAGUAGACAUAAAACAAGUGGAACGUCUUCCAAAGAGACUCUAAGUUAAGGAAUUGUUUAACACUUUUGAGUACUUGGUAAUGUGAACUUUGCAGGUAUACAAGUUUUGCAGCCAGAAUGUUUUCUCAGGACAUUCGAUAUGUAGUUGAAACCUGGAGACAUACCUCAUGUGUUUUGUUAAGCUAUGUCCUUAAAUUGAGGACUUUCAAAACAAAUGAAAACUAACAUUAAUGAUUUUUCUUCUGUGGGAUCUGUGUUGUGGGAACGGUUUUAAAAACUGACCAAACUAUAAAAAUUCUCUCCAUAAGGAGCUAAUUUUUGUGACAUCUGUCUACAAUGACUAAUAUUUUUGCUUGUGCUUUGUUUUUGUACCAUAGUCUCAUCAUUUAAUAGGAUCUCAAAUUGUGGUUUCUUUGUCAUCUCUGAUGGGAAUGAGAAAAAUAAUUGAGGCAACAACUGGAUAAAACUGUAAUAAGAAACUCAUUAUUAAAAGUGUAUGACCUCAAAUACUGGCGCAAGGUUACCAAAGUGGAAAAUCCAUGUUUAAUGAUGCACACAGUAUCUUUGCCAAGUAAGCUCUGAUGUAAUCCCGUAGUCUUUGUGUUCAGAGCUGUUCUGAAAAGGCGGUCACCUUGUCUUUUGUUGUGAAAACUGGUUCUGAAGCAAUCUGCGGCCACUAAGGAAAGAAAUAUUUAGGAAAUCAAUACUGAAAGAACAGGAACUUUCUGCCUGUAGAGUAGAUGUUAGAUACCUUGUGUUGUGUAGAGUGUGUGCUUUUAUUAACCUGAGUCAAGUGGUGUGUGUAGUCAGUCAGUUGUGGUCUGCAACAACCCUUUAGGGUUUUUGUCUGUUUGUUUUGUUUAUUUUUUGUUUUUAACUCUGUAGGACUUAAGAAUGGUUUCCUGAUAAAGUAAUGGGACAGUAAAAUACUGUUUAUUAAAAACUACAUGUGCAUAGUAACGGUUUGUGAUUUUUGUCCUAAUGGGUAGGUAUAUGCUGAUAGUAUGAAGGUGGUGGCUGAACAAUAAACCCAAAUAUUACUUCUGAGUAAUAGUUCAUAUAGGGUAAUACCAAUUAUGCUAGUUGUGGGGUGGCGCUGGAUCUGUGAAAUCUGACCACCUUGCUGUGAGAAGUUGAUAUCCUUAUAUCAUAUAAAGAUCCCUUUUGUAUGGUGACAGAAAGGACACAACUUUCUACUGAGAUGACAGAAAUAGAGCAUGUGAAUGUUUAUGGAUCAUGCUUUACAGCUGUUAUGAAGAAAACUGACAACAAACCCUCUGUGUGAUCUCUUGGGUGGUGCUGCUUGAAAGUGCAUCCAGGACUGCCUCAGGAGAACUAGAAGUUUCCAGCCACCUUGAUAACAAACUGCUUUUUGGGCUCAGAAAGCUGCAUGUUUGGGACACAUGCAGGAGGUGGACUAGUGGUGCUUACAAGACAUCUGCCUGCCUUCCUGAAUGUAAUAUUCAUGCUGCAAAGGACAAACGGUCAUGUAAAGAUGUUAGAACACUGCUGCAUACAGAUCCUCUUGCCAUGUGUGAUGCAACCUGCCAUUUCACUGAUACUCCUCUUCCAGCAGGUAAAAGACUCAAAGAGCCUUUGGUGAAUCCUACCAUAUUUAAAAGAUGAUCUUCAUAGUUUACAUGGAUUAAAAACUAAAUGAACUCACUUUCUAAAAAAACCCACAGCCCCCAAAAAAACAAACAAAAAACCAACCCCAAAACCCCAGCAGACCCAAGCCAAACAAAACCAAACCCAACUAACCACAAACAAACAAAAACCCAAACAAAACCAAAAAAUCUGAGGUUCUUUGGAAAAUGGGAGUUCUCUGCCCAGUAUAACUCUGUCUUUUACUCAACAAAUGGGCUUUUCUGAUCCAUGGAGUGUAGGUUGUGGAGAUGGGAAGCGUUCAUUGAAAAAGCAAAUUAUUUUGAGCAAAGAGAGGCAGUCAGCAAAAAAUGGUAUGGCCAAAUCUCCAGACCUCACCCCAGGCUAGUAAUUCAGGGACACAUAUAACAUGGUAAAGAGUUAUGGUUUCACAAUUUACAGGGCCUGGUCAAGACACUGGAACCCUGCAGUACAUUUUCUGUCUUCUCUAAUGUCUAACAAUAACAAACAUCAGGUGUUUUAGCUGCAAGAAGCAAGACCUUGGGCAAUGACAUGAUUCUCCAUUUAUAACAAAAAUCAGAUCUAUUGAUAAGAAAAAAAAAUCAAAGAAGCCCUCUUACAUAAUAAACUCAGUAGUGAUUUGUUGUUUAAUAUUUGCGACUAUCUUCUCUUUUUUCCUAGAUCCUCAAUUUUGUCUGCAUUGAUUUCUUAUUUAACAUCUGACGUGCGGUUAUUUCUGGGCUGUAUUCCUAGGAAGGCUACUGUCGACAUGUAAUUGCAGGAUAUUGAACUCCGGUACUGCUUGUAUUUUGCUACAUAUGCAACCCAGCACUUUCCACAAAUCAGCAAAUGAGUUAUGCUAGCCAUCUUUUUGCGACUAUUUUAGAUAGAAUCAAGUCAAACACAAGAAGACUUUUGCCUAGUGAGAGAGUGGACUUUUCACUCAAGUAAUGUCAUCAGGACUCAGAUGAAAAGGCUCCAGAUUGUUCACUGGAAGAAGGAAAGCUCAAGAUUUGAUUUUCAGAACUUGUUUUAGCCACAUUUUGUAUUUCAUUCUGUACUUUGUCAUAUACCAAAUGAUAACCAUGCAGAAUUGAAGAUACACAAGCGAAUAAUUCAGAAAUUAUUUUCCUAUUGGAACAUUCAGAAUCAGGUUUGUAAUUUUAUUAUAGCUUUCAAAUGGAAGGAGGUCAACAAAGCCAUAUUGAAAUGAGAACUUAUGUUGUUCCUGUCUUACUGCUACCUUCCUUUUCUUCUUCCCUCUGAGAUAUUCUUCCUUUUGUUUCCAUGUCAUGACUGGUGGGUGUCUCAUCACAAAGAGUAAAUCCUCUGCCAUGUUGAGGCUGCUUUUUGAAUACAAUUGCCAUAAGAAAUGUGGGAUUUUGUUUUGUCAGGCAGAAUUAGACCUAAAUUAGACUGAAGUAAGUAAAUGAUUAAAGUUAUUCGUUUCCGAGGGUGAAACAAUUCAGUAAUUCCUGACGCCAUUGCAGAUGAAUGAGAUUUUGCAUAAAUCACAGUAGAAGUCAACAGAAAGUAGGAUCAAACUAGUAGACAAUCACACUUCUAGGGAGAAGGAACUUGCUGAUGGCUUAGGCUGAAUAGGUUUUAUAUUUUUCUAAAUAUCAAGUAAAAAUGAAACUGUCAAAACAGAAGCAAGAACUAUUUUUUUUUUUCCAGAUGAUUCAUCUAAAUUUUGUACUUGAAUCAUCAAAAAAUGUUUCCAUUUUAUCAAAAUGUUUUUAUGAGUUCUUUUUUUAACCCUUCCAUAUGAAUUACUAUAUCUUAACUAUAAUAUCCUGAUUUAGUUGCCAGAAUAUUAUUGAUAACUGAAUGAAUAAGAGGGAAUUCAGACAAGAGCAACCUUAUGUGUGGAGCCUUUAUGAACAUAAGGAGUGAUAGAUGGUUUUGAUGUUCUAUGCACUUUGAAUUUCUAGCUUUUCUAAUUUAAAUAAUGUAAUCUCCUUGGAUUUCAGUGACACUCAGUAAACUGAUACUAGCUGAGAAUGUCUCAGCAUAUUAUAUAAUUUAUCUUCCAAUAAAUAGGUCCUAUAAUAUAAUAAACAAUGAUUUAUUUGAGAACAUAGAGUUCAUAACACAUUCUUUUCUCUGUAGAGGAGUAUAACCCUGAUUUGAGCAACAGUGCAGUGAUGUAAACUUUUAAAUUAUAAUUUUUUAAUUGAAUACUAGUGCAGGUCAAGCAGCACAAAAAACUUGUGAGUUCAGAUACAUGGUAGGUGUUGUGAUUACUUUCAGGAUUAUGAAAAUUCUAUAAUUUGAAGUAAAGGUGAUAAUUUUUCCAGAUGUGUGAAAGAUUAUCAUUUUAGAGAUGAGAAAAGAGAGACUAAGUGACAUACCUGUGGUUGUAGAGAAAGGCUUCAGUGGUGUUGGCUGGAGCUGGCAUGGUAUACUUUCCCAAAGCUGUACUCCCAUGAUACUCCAUUGCUGAUGGAAAAUCUCAUCUUCUGAGCUGAAGGUCAGAGCUGUACAGGCAUCUUAGUCUCAAAACACUUCACGUUACAGGAAUGAACUAUCAUUGUGUUUUGCAGUAAAGCCUUCUUGUGCUCUCCCUUGUCACUGUUACACACUUAAAACAAAAGAGAGCACAUAAAAAUGGAAGCUGUUGUACUGAGAACAUUUUAGUCCUCUCCUACAAGCAUGUCAGGGUAGAGCACAUUGAUACACAGGAGACUAUGAAGACCUUCUUUGAGACAGUUCGUCCUCUGUACGAAAGCACUGGAGACCUUGCUGGCCCAUAAGUCAUGGAGAAGUCAUUUCAAUCAUCAGGGUGCUUGAAAGGGUCACAGUUGGGUGAAAUCUUUUGAUCUAGAUAUUUUUUGAGUACAGCAUAUUUAUCAUUUUUUUCAGCAUAUUCAGUCUAAAAGAAAAGAGGAAAAAGAGUGAGGACAAGGGAAGAGUUGUCCCUUUGGCAACUUCACUAUGAAACAAAAUACCUUUUUAAGAUUUGGAAGAAUAUUUUGUUUGCAAUUUAUUUUGCUUUGGUUAUUCAUGUUGAAAAGAAUUGUAGAAAUAAAAACAAGUGAUUCAGAUUAGCUAUAAACUAAGUUGGACUUAUUGUUUUUGCAACAUUUCGUAUCAGUGAACAGGUUUUUGUUUUGCUUUGUUUUUAAUGGCUUCCAGCAAACUAAAGAUGGUCUUAAUUUAAUCUAACAACAAAACAGGAUUGUAGAAAGGACCACAGUAAAACUACUUGGAAGAUGAAGACAAGACAAUUUCUGCAGAGUAUUGAAAAGGAGGAAUAAGAAUUUGAACUGAUGCUAAAGAAAACAGAGCACAGAAUACAUAGUUGAAGAGUAUAUCUGUCUCUAUUUGCCAAGGGAAUGCCUCAAGAAAAUGGUGUAAUAGUAAGAAACCCUAGGUGGUGAUUCUGUCCUCAGUUACAGUAGUUUCAUAAUGGUGUCAUUUGCUUGGGUCUGAGUCACUAGUCUUACUGACUCUGUGGAUUUGCCCCUGCCACAGCUCAGAAUUUACUCUUGAGAUGAAUCUCAUUCCCGGUUUAUACAGGUUCUUCUGUUAGUAGCAGAUACUCUGGCUGUUCUGAACCAGGGAUUCACCUUUUAUUUUAAAAUAUCAUCAAGAUGCAGAUGCUCAGCUGGUGUAAAACCCAGGCAUUAAUUUCAGUGAAGUCUGAAUGACGUAGGCUCUGAAAAUGUGGCCUAAGGUCAGUAACAACAUUGACAGAAAGAGUACCUGUUCAAAGUAAAUAUUAACAUAAGUUAGCAUUGCAGGCGCAGUAAUAUUUAACAUAAACUGUUGACUUUUUUUUUUUUUUUUUUAGUAGAGCAUAGACCUUAUCCAUUUAUCCAGAUCUGCGGUAUGUUCAGGAUGAUUUGGAUUUAUCAGACUUUUAAUUUCAUUUUCUUACUUGCUUCCGUUUACAGUGAAUGUGUGACUCAGACCUAUGAAAAUACAUACUUCCAGGGAGGUGACCUCACUGUGGUUUUUACACCAAGUGCCAAUUACUGCCAAGUAGUGUGUACUUACCAUCCCACCUGUCUGCUCUUCACCUAUUUGCCUGCGACAUGGACUAAAGAUCCUGCAAAAAGGUUUUCCUGCUACUUAAAAGACAGUGAUACAGAAAUGCUGCCAAAAGUGGAUAUGGAAGGAGCUAUCUCCGGACAUUCCUUAAAACAGUGUAACAUCCAAAUUAGUGCGUGCAGUCCAGAUGUCCACAUAGGACUGGAUAUGGAAGGGAAAAUUUAUGAUGUUACUGUGGCUGACAGCUAUCAACAAUGUCAAAAAAGAUGUACCAAUGACAACCGUUGUCAUUUUUUUACAUAUGCCUCAGAAACAUUUCACAAUGCAAGCUUUCGUAAAAAAUGCCUCUUGAAACAAGCCAGUGUAGGAACUCCAACCAGCAUAAAGGUGCUUGAUGAGGUUGUGUCUGGAUUCUCUUUAAAGACUUGCCAGCUUUCUGAAAUGGAUUGUCAAAUGGACAUUUUUGAAGAUCAAGAAUUUUCAGGAAUUAAUAUUACAAGUUUUUUCGCUCCUGAUAUCUCCGUCUGCCAAACUAUUUGUACAUAUUUUCCGAAGUGCUUAUUCUUCACGUUCUUUACCAAGGAAUGGCAAAUAGAAUCCCAAAGAAAUCUUUGCCUUCUCAAGACAUCCACAAGUGGGAUACCAGAGGCACUUACAUCACGAGAAAAUGCUGUAUCAGGCUUUGGUCUCCUAAAUUGCAGAAGAUCCUUACCUGCCUGCAAUUCUCGCACUUACACGCAUAUGAAUUUUCUGGGAGAUGAAUUGAAUGUCACUUAUACUAAAGGACACAGAGCCUGUCAGCAGGUUUGCACAGAGGUGAUCCGCUGCCAGUUUUUUACCUACUUUUCCCUCCAAGAUUCAUGCAAUGAGGAAGGAAAGUGUGAGUGUCACCUAAGAAUGUCCUCGAAUGGAUCUCCAGUGAAAAUAGUACAUGGGCCAGGAAGGAUCUCUGGAUACUCACUAAGAUUAUGUAAAAAAAAAGCCAGCACUGUGUGUAUGCAGCAUUCUGCAAGAACUAUUAGGAUCGUUGGAGGGACAGACUCUGCCCCUGGUGAAUGGCCAUGGCAGGUCAGCUUGCAUGUCAAGUUGUCUCGUCGGAGACAUGUCUGCGGGGGCUCCAUUAUCAGCAACCAGUGGAUUCUUACAGCUGCUCACUGCGUCAUGAGUCUUGCGAAUCCCAACAUUUGGCAUGUUUAUGCUGGUAUUUUAAAACAAUCAGAAAUAAAUGAGGAUACGCCCUUCUUCAAAGUGGAAGAGAUUAUUGUUCACCCUCAGUAUAAAUAUGCCCGCACUGGAUAUGACAUUGCUUUAAUGAAACUUGAUAAGCCUAUGAAUUUUACUGAUCUUCAACUACCUAUUUGCCUGCCAUCAAAAGAAGAUGCUGACAUACUUUAUACUGACUGUUGGGUAAUUGGAUGGGGUUACAGAAAAGAAAAAGGCCGUGUAGAGGACAUUCUUCAGAAGGCUACGGUGCCCCUCAUGUCAAGAGAGGAAUGCCAGGCAAGGUACCGGAAGCGCAGAAUAGGUGACAAAGUGAUCUGUGCUGGCUAUGAUGAAGGUGGAAGGGACGCUUGUAAGGGAGCUUUUGUGUCUACCUCAACAGACCAUUCAAGAGGUGAAAACGUGAAGGUGUUUCAGCUGCUACCUCCCUGGUUUGCACUGCCAGCAAGGAUGAAAGUGCAUCACCAAAAGCAUGCAUUCUACUGCAGGCAUUCUGCUGCACCUCUUUUUAUGGAUGUUACAGCUAGCCCUGGGCUAUGGGAAAUACAACCACUUGAAUGCUACAGCAGUAGUGAAAUGGGUCUGCUGGCAAGCCAUGCUGUUCAAAGGAAGGGAAUUUUCUCUCUCAAAGACUGCCUGCAUGCCCACUGAAGAUUCUCAGGCUGUAUGUUGAAGAGGUUUUUAGCUUAAGGAUACUGACCAAGAAGGCAAACAUGCCCAGGUGACAACUUUGAAAUGUUGAAAUGUCAGUGGAACUCUUAACUUCCAGGUAUGGACUUUUUUUUUUUCACCCUCACCCUCUUCUCUUUCUCAUUUACAUACACCAUAGUGAAUGCCAAUCCUUUUUUUAAAAAGUGUGGCAUAAUUCCAUAAUGUAGUUUAUUACACAGGUAGCUCUGUCUCUUUCCAGGAUUUUAAUAUUUGAAUUUACAACCUUAGACUUUUUAAUAUUCAUGUGCAAUGCAACCACAGUUUUUAUAUGGUGAUUAUGUUAACAUGAUGCUAAGAUUGUACUCAUAAGGAAUAAGAUCAAGAAAACUAAGACCUGACUUGGCAUAUGAACUGCUUUUCAAUCCUAUUACAGAUAUGCAUUAGGAUUCAAUCUUUUAUUGCUCAGUGUAAUAUUGUUAAGGAGACAUAAGAUGAGCAACACAUUCAAAUAUCUUUUGGAACACUGUUCAAUUUACUAACAAUUUAUUUCUGAUAUGAGUGCAGCAGGUUAAGAAUAAUUUUCAGGAUGCUGAAUAGAAAAUGAAGAAUGGGUCUCUGACUUCUCACUUGUACUGUAAGUAAAGUCUAGGUGAGGAUUAGAAAUGAGCUAAGCUAUAACACAUUAUCCAGGUUCUUCAUUGUGUUUUGAAGUUAUCUGUGUGCUGCCGCUCAUUUUCUUGUGUUUGGCCUAUGUAUAUAUACCAUACAAGUUGUGCUACUCACUGCAAGUGCGAAAUAAUUCUGCUUUCUUUCAAAACUUUUAUUAAGUCAAUGUCUUAAGCUGAAAAGGCAAAGAGAUCUUUUAUCCUUUGUCCCUUUUCCCAAAAAUAUCUGUAUUUAGAUGAUCUGUAUUUGCUUUUUCAAUUAUAUUCAAAUAGUAUAGUAAUUUUCAGUGGAAAAAUUAAUGGGGAAGAAUAUCUCAAAUCUGGUCAUUAAAUAAGAACUUUAAAAUGUUUCUAUAUUUUUAGUGGUAUUCCAUUUAUACAAAGAUCACAUCUAUCCCCUCUUUGAUCCUCUUCUAAACAUCUGCUGUGGUGGAAGAUUGAAUGGGGAAUUUAGCUGUUUGUAUUUUUAGUGGUGCCUAUGUCAUUCUUCUAACACCAGGUCUGUUUUACUUGAAAAAUGCUUGAUUCAAAAAUCUUUUGAGGACCUUGGUGUCUCCUGCAGGUGAUUAAUGAGUAGACCUAGCUUGCAUUUAUGGAGGUUUAUAUUUUAGAUCUUUCACUUCUCAAAAUGUGAAAUUACUUGAUUACACAUAGAGAAUCCACAAAAACUUGUCUUCCUUCCAGUUGUCUUUUUCCUCAUCUGAAGGAAACAAAACCUUUCUUUCCAUUGUACCUUUUAAUGAUACAUCAUGUAGGCUGGUCAAGAAAGUGAGCACAGUGAAUCGUGGGAGAGAAGAACAAGUGACCUGAAUUACAGCAUUCAUUAAACCAUUCAGUAUUCAGAUAAGGCUAUGCUGUGGUUCACAUGCUUCUGCUCAAGUAAUAUUUGAUUUUAGAUGAAAUGUUGAUAAUUAUAUUUCUUAUUCAAAACUGACUAGUGGGAUUCAGUCUGGCAAAGUCCCUGGUGUUUUAUUGUUCCCUUGCAGGCUGAUAUCUUAACAUAGAUUUUGUAAGAAAACAAUCCCAUCUUGCCACAGUUGUAUUUAACUUUAUGAAAGAAUAGUAAACUUAACAGAUCAGUGAUUUUAUCAGUUUCCUUUAUAAAGCCAAGGUUGUGGAGAAUUUCUAUACAAUGGAAAGUUCAUAUUUCUUUUUUAAUUAAUCCAAAGGGAGUGCAUUGGUAUGAUAUUGGAAUACAUUAAUGCAGUGUUGGAUGACUUGAUAUUCAUUACAUAUUAAUAUUGCAAAAAAAUAAAAUGUAACUCCAAGGCUGGUCUAAGAAAAUAAGGUCAAAUAAACAGCUAGGAAGUUUAGCUGACCUACAGCAUAGGAUACAGCAUACUUUUUAAUUUUCAAAGGAAAUAUAACCAGGGUAAAGAUGGGAGAGUUUUCGAGCGACAGAAAAUAUAUGUCAUAUAAAUAGGAGUUAAAUUUCACAGAAAUGACUUACAGUAGGUCUUUAAAAUGCUUACUUUUUUCUUUGAAAAGUAUGAUGAUUAUACUAGGCUCUUUUCAAGCAAAUGUACUGAAAGCCAUAUUUAUGUCAUUCCUGCUAAGUCUUUGAGUGCACCAUUGCUUACUGGCUAAGUAUGUCUGAUGCUUGGAGUCUGCCUAUUGGCACAGGCAUGCAGGUGUAAUGUAGGUGAGACAAAUACAAACGUCAGGCAAUAGCUAAACAUAUCUGUUUCAGUCCUAAUUUCACUGGUGAAUAUGGUACUCACCAAGUCUGAAGAACAUGUGUAAUGUCUAAUAUUUUAGCUUCUUGUUGGAAGAAUGAAAUCCAAAACAUAUUGUUAGCUACCAGAACGAUUGGCAUGCUGAAGAGGAGCCACCUGCACUAAGCUGGUGUGGAAUCUGAGGAUGAGCGAGACAGUAAAAGAAUUAAUGUGUUUGUCCUGCAUAACUGGGGUUGGGUGUCUCUUGUUUGGUGUCAGACACAUUGUAGCAAGGUCUCUCCCCUCAUGGAAAAAUAAUUUAUUUCAGAGUGCACAUACAGGAGCAGAAGACAUGCUUUCCUUUAAAGGCUUUGUUCUUAGGACACUCCCUCUAAAUGUGUGAGAUCUGGGCUCAGUUUUCUCCGCCUGAGAAGACUCAAACAGCUGCCUCUCUGCAGAACAUCUGAUGUUAUUUGAAACUGGAGCAACUUGAGUAACUUACUGCCUCCCCUGCUGAAGCAGACACACAGUACAAAGUUUUCACUGGGCUCAGAAGAGUCAGAGUAAGCCUAGUUUAAAGCAGUAGGGAAGCCUGAAAGCUCAUGCCUGCUUCACAGACUGUUAUUGUAUUUUAUUCAAUGAUAUUUCACUUUAAGUUCACAGUUAAUAGACACUGGAGAUAAAGCUCUGCAUACCACAGGCAGGGCUGACACUGCCCGUUUCCUUUCCCCAUUUUCCCCCGUGUCCUACUUGCAAAUAAGAACAUCUGAAAUUUCCCAUUUUAAGGCCCUAUUGAACAAACUUGUAAUUCUAUCAGACUUCAACUGCAGAAUUGAGUUUAUUCACACAGUCAGCAUUUUGUGCUGGGGAUAGACAUUUACCUCUUCCUGUGCAAACAUUUCAAAAGCUGGCUUUCAAAUUACUGUGAUUUGCACAUGGUCUGCAGUGGGUCUGCAGUAACUGGUAUCUCUAAACAGCCAUUCCUUAGUAUCCAUACUGGUUCCUCACCAUCCUGAGUGCCUCUUGAACAUCAGACGGGGUCUUCAAAGAGUCACUGAAUAUGCUUCAGUCCAAGGGCUGUGCUGCAGUGGGACCACACAGUAGGACUGGGGCCCAGAGAGAGAAAAUACCUGACUUCAGUUCAGAGGAAACAAAAGCUGCACUGGUGUGAAGAUCAGUGGGAGAGACAUGGGCAAGAAUUUGGCAGCAGAAUACAUGGAGAGAAAGAAGAGAAAUCACUCCUGUGGCCUGUGGUUGCCUGUGUAGAGAAUGAUAUGUUAUGGCUGUGUACAUGAGAGUGUAGGGAAACACUAACCCAAAAUGUUCCUGAGUAUAGCUAAGCAUUACGAACAGCAAUAAAGGGGAAGCUGGGACUGGCAGGAGAAAUGUGUCACAGGUGGGCACUGGUAACAUUUUGCUUUAGUUUGAUGUAGAAAACAAAAUCAUAGGCCUAGGGCAACUGAGGCUAGAUGAAAGGAGAUGAGCCCUGCAGAGAAAGGAAAUAAGAAAGAUACACCAGAAAUACAUGAAAGAAUUGGAACUGGGAAAUUCCCUCUUAUGUUUUCAUCCAUAUUCUUCAGGAAGGAGUAAGGGAGGCCACGAGAGAUUUGAAAUAGUUAUUUCCCUUUUCCCUUGGUGUCAUGGCUAGAAGCUGCCAACUGUUUAUUUCUACCUCCUUUUCUCAUCUCCCAGCAGAGUAAGUCAUGGAUCAGCUUCUUUUAGUUUUUCUAUAUUUGGUGAUGCCUGUAAGAAGUUGUUAUUUUCCUGCUUGAACAGGGCCUUACAUUUUUUGUAAGCCCGAUACCAUCGUACACAGCAAAUCUGACUCCAGGGAUGCUGGGGUUAUGCCUAUAUCUCAUAAAGUUAAAAUAUGAUGCCCUUAAAUAAAACCCCUUUUAGGUGUAAAAUAUCACUUAUUUUCAUAUUUAUAUCAUGUAUCUGUUUCCUCAUGAGUAAUUUCCUCCUCAUCUUCAGCCAAAUUAUCUGAAUUUUUCUACCCCAGGCAAAGGUCUCAUCAAAGCGGUCUCUCAUCUGCAGUUUUAAAAAUUAAUUGUGGAAAAGACUACGGAGAGGACCAAGUGGCACAUAUUUAGCAGGAGACUAGCAAGAAGCUCAUAACAAAACUGACCAACAUGGACUUCUCAAAGAGCAGCAAGACCUAGGCUAGCCAGUACUGCUUGGGAUCACAGGCAUCUGGUCUUAUUCAGCUGAUUCUUUCCCAUGCAUAGACCUGUGAAACAUCUUCAUGGGAAAGGAGAACCUAGGUUUGCCUUUCUGCUGCAAAGAUCAUCCCACAUUACAGUUUUUGAGCUUUACUUAUAUUUCAUAAACUGACAACAUUUUGUAAAACUCAGCAAGCCAUUUACUGACAAUGAUUUAUUGCCAAAGCUGAUUAUUUUGCAUGUGAAAAUUUGUUUUCACAACCCCCAAAACUUUAUCUGAAGUCAAAGUUUUGGAAAAAUAUUCCCAUCAUUCAGUUAUUUUUAAUGUGGAUAUCAUAACAAGCAAAUUUUACAAGUGUGAACUGCAACAUGUCUACGUUACACCAUGGUUAUGAUACAGUAAUUGCACCUCUACAAAAAUUCAGUAAGUCAACUCGUUAUCUUUGUGUUGUAUUAUUGCUCAGUAGUCAAAACAGUAUGAACUGCACUUAUAUAUAUGCCUUUAUAUUUUCCAAAUGUCUUUGCAUCAGACCUUCUUUAAUUAUGUAGGUAGUGUUUGAAGUUGCUCCUAGCCUCUGGGACUUCAGUCAACAGCUUGCUUCUAGUUAAGGAGGACCAAAAAAAAAAAAAAAGGAAAAUAUUCUAGUUCUAAUUUUUCUUUUCUAACCCUUGAGAGUUUUUUUUUCUUGCUGAACUGCAUAACAAAUCCUGUGCUACUACAACAAAGAGAUGGAAACUUACUUCUUUCUCUUUCUAUAAAUAUGACAUAGACAUAUAUAUUUAUUUUUAUUUUUAUUUUUAUUUUACUCAGCCUCACUCCCUAUCACGACAUAGACAAGAGUAAUGUCAGUGCUUCAGAUUCCUGCUUUGAUGUGCAAUAUAGGAUUACGUUCAGCAAACUUCAAGGCAUAUUGGUCAUUCUUGAAAUACUUUACUAGGUAACUACUCAGUGUUCUGAUUUUGUACGAUUCAUUUUGCAUUGGUUCUCUAUCUGUCUAACUGCACAUAUCAAGAAGUUGAAUUUUGCAACCAAGACUUCAUUAUUUUAUUUUUUUUAAUCAGUAUUCCAAAACCUCUACUGCUACACCAUAAGAUGACAUUCAUCUUAAGUAACUUUAAAAAUCAAAAGCUGGUUUCACACCUCAACAGACAUCCAACAGCACCUGAACAACAUGAGAUGAAUUUUACUCUGGAGGUGCCUGUCUUCUCUUACAGCUGCAGAGAGAGUCCUAACAACUAGAUUAGCUUUAUGCAAACCAUAACUUUUUGACAGCUAAAGUUUGGUGAACAAACUCAUGUUUUUUCUGUUAUACAUAAUUCACUUUUUCUUUUGUAGUUUUAAUAAAAAUAGACUCUUUUUCCUGAGCUGAUCCAGUUAAUCUGAGCCCUGACAAGUUACUGCAAAUGUCCUUUAAGUUCUGAAUGUGAACCAGUCAUUGCUCAUACUGUGUUUUCUACUUUCCUGACUCUAUUUUAUUUAGGUUAGUUUUUCUCUUCAUAAAAUGAAUACAGGUACCUUUUUGAUAAAUCAGUCUCUAAUAUUAAUUCUGCAAAUAUAUCCAAAUUUAUAUCCAAAUAAUAAACUCUUAAUAUUUCUUAUUGGAGAAUCACACACAAAAACCCAAGAUAUUUUUCCCAAGUCACCAUUUGGUAUUUCUGUGCUUUUCAGCUCUUCAAAUAAGCUGGUAGUUACACUUGCUAAAGGUCCUACUUUGUGUCUUCUUUUUGUUUGACAAAAUAGUGUUUUAUAGGAACUUGUAGUUAGGCACAUUUAGCAGCUGUAUUUUUUUAGUGACAAAUGUUAUUUUCAUUCAACUCUAUUGCUAAGAGAUACUUCUAGGAUGUAUAUGUAAUAAUUUGAGGAGUUCACAGCUGUUCAGGCAACCUAGUUAUUCCUGUGUUAUGAUGUAGUUUUAUUCUUCUUUUAUUAGGCUUCUGUUGUAUGAUGGUAAUCGGAAAUAAAUUAAUCUGAAAAGUAGAAGUAUUUUAGAAUAGAAGAAUUUUGUAAUCAAUAUCCUUCUGUACAAUAUUUAAAACUACACAUUUUCUACUUAGAGUUUGUUUUUUAACUGAAGUAGAGGUCAAUAUGCACCAGGCUUUGCAUGGUAAAUUAUUCUGUCUUGGAAAAGUUGCACCUUGGAAAAAAUAUAAAAUAAAAACCUUAAAAUUUGUUGCUUCUGAACUGUAGUCUUCUUGCUGGUUCGCAGAAUCAUCUCAGGCCUAGUUUGGUCUUUAUUUAAGAUCUCUAUAUUUAUUCAAAAUCAUUAAAAGGAUGUUUCAUUAUCCUUAUUGGUUCGGUAUUUUUUAAACUUUUAAUUAAAUUAGUUCAUUAUUGCAUUCACUGUUAUUCGUGUUUUUGCUUGCUAACUUUGAGACUGCUAUAUUUAGAUCAAAGCAGAGUGAAGACUUAGGGACCUUAUAUAUAUAGAAAUGAAAAUUUGAUUAUCGAAAUUCCUGCAAUUCAUAUAAAAUAGUCAAGGAAGUUUAAUAUUUCCUCUGAAAAGUAAAAAAAAAGACAAUACCUGGAUAGAAAAUGAUAGAUUAAUUGAUAAAGUACAUAGCUAUUAUAGCUGUUUUAAAAUCAUUAUUCCUGGAUGCAUGUGAACAGAAAAUACUGAAUUACUCCGAUUUCUGUGAGACUGUGGAAAUACUGUGUCAUACAAAGCGAUGGCUUCCGAAGAAAUUUUAGUACUGCUCCUUAUGUUUGAGGAGAUCAAUGAUCAUUAAUUAUAUGCCCACAAGUUUUUUUUAAAGGAAAAGAGUUUUUCGAGAGGUCUGGAAACAUCACCCGAGGUCUAAGUACAUGAUUUUUUAACCUUGCACUUGACAAUACUGGUAUAUUUACUAUUACCUCUAUUCUUUAUUUCAUUCCUUUCCUUUGAAUAAAAGCUGAACCAAAGGCAAAUGAAUUAGGUAAAUAUUACAUGUUCUGUUUUGGUGUCAGAAAAUUGAAUUCGGUGCAAUUAAUUGAAAUAUAAAAAUAACCCCAUAAAAUAUGGGCUCAAUCCUGUGUUUAGUAUGCUGAGUUGGAUCUUAAUAAUGAAAAUAUUUCAGAACUAUAAGUGUUACCUAACAAGAAAAGUUUGAGGUAUUUCAGUGUUUUUCAGCUGAUUUUUAGACAAAAUUAGAAGCUUGCGUUUUAAAGAAACAUUUUCUGUAAGAACACUUUCCCUAAGAAAACUGUUUAAAUAUUUCAUAGACACUCUUUUGCCCCACACCUGUUUUAGGUUUUAUACAUUUCAGGAACUUACGGUAGUGUUUAUAAGGAUUUUGGCUCAAGGUCCUAUAUCAGAGACUUUAUUACAAUCUAGGAAGAACAUGACCAAGGCGAGCUUUUUUUUAUGUAUGACUAUUUUUCAGUCUUGCAACAGGAUCCCCCUAUAUUGUUACAUCAAAUUAAUUGAUGUUAUUGAUGCUUAAGAAUGACUUCACUGCUCUGCUGUCAAUAUUGUCCUGACAUCAACAGAGAUAUUCUCUGUCCUCUUGUAUGUAAUCCAUUCUCUUCAGCAGAUGCAGAUAAGUGUCUGAAAUGCAGAAAUUGUUUAUAUUUUCAUCAGUAUUUAAGUUAGGAACUGACCUUCCUGAUUCUCUGCUCUGACCAUCCUCACAGCAAGAAUAAUAAAAUUUCAUCCAGUAGCACCUUCCUCAGAUCCAUCCCGAGCCUUUACAACAACAGUUAGCAAAUGUCCAGAUAUUCAGGCAAGUAACAAAGCCUCUCUGGGCUAUGAUUAAAAUCACAUCCUUUAAUUUUCAUCUAGCUGUAAGAGGUAUAAACCAUCAUUUCAGGAGCGCAUGUACAGUGUGCAAUGAAGGUAUAUUCAUGUGUAUUCUAGAACUGACAUAUUAAGUAAAAUCUAGAUAACUCAAAUUUAAGAACAUAAAGGUGCUGAUUUUUUGGGAAAAAAAAAAUCCUGAAGGUAGUGAUACAAUUAAAUAAAAUUAAAGUUAGCAUAUAGGGCACGUGACUGACCUAUAAAAUGUUUAUACUAAGCAAUGCUACAAAAUGUUUCCCUAAAACUAAGCUAAACCUCACCAGACAAUCUAGACAUCAGAGUUGCUGGCCAAUGUAAUUGUGCAAAAAACCCCAAAAUCAUAGCUUUAGAUGUAACUAAUAAAGGAAUGCUUUAUUUUAUCUAUUUUUUUUUUUUUUUGAUGUGUAAUAUGCCCAAGUGUGAAAAAUGCAAUUUAGUUAAAUGUAUUAACUUCAGAAUCACACAAGCUUUGGUUGCGCUGCCUUCUAGUUAUGUCAUGUUCUCUCCCCUCUGAUUGCUGCAAUACAAACACAAGAGUAUCCUGCAGAAAAUGAAAGACUCCAUUGUCUCUAGAAGGUGGUGCCCAUACAAAACCUGAAAUGAGAGCAUAAGUUACCUGAUAGUAACUUCUAAAUAGCCGUGGAUGUGUAAGUUAAGUAAUUGUUAACUAGAGUACAUGUGAAAUAAAAAAUACAGAUCUAAAUGAUAAUAUAUUUUGUUACCAAUUCUUGGUCUUUAUUUUUUUAUCCCUUUAAAUAUUUGCUGAAUUCUUAAGCAUAGAAAGGAAGUCUGAUGCCUAAUUUAAUCAAGACUACCUUGCAAUAGUUAAGUCACCAAAUGAGACAGAGGUAAAUGUCCUAAACUCCCUAAUUUUUUCUUAAUGUAGCUGUCAAGAGGACUACUUGGGCACUUGAAUUUCAGCUGAUAUAAGCUGCAUGUCCUGUUCUGUUUCAUUCCCAAAACAGCCCAGAAAAUCGACACUCCAAGUGCACAGUAUGAUAAAUUGUAUGGGUUAGACAGCAGAGACAGCAAAGAUUCUGAAAACUUCAGUAAGGAAAUGAUAAUGCACUGCAAAGUUCAGAAUUAAUUCAAUAGGGUGGGAGGAAGUGGGGUAACAGUUCUUAGCUAAAUUCAAAAGAAACAUUUUCUUGUGGGAAUUGAAUGUUUUUUUAUAAACUUCAGAAAACCUUCUUUACGUAAUUCAUCCUGCUAGUCAAGUUUGUGAAUUCAUCAAGUCAGAUACUACUGACACUGCUGACAUGCUCACAAAUCAUUUUAUUAAUGAAGUUGUCUUAAAAGGAGAGAAGUAGAUCAAUUGUUUCUGUAAAGAUAUGAUGUUUCAAGCUACUUGAAAAGAGACUUUUGACAUAACAUAAAUUUGUGAAACACAUAAUCACUUGAUAAACUUUCGAAGUUUAAAACUACUUGAGCAAUUAUUACAAUCUUUUGUUGUUAUGGUUGAAUCACAAUUUCAAAGAUUUUAUAAUUAUUCAUGAGGAUAGAAGCGCAGAAAUAAUAAGCUGAUUAAUCUUUGUUACUUUGGAGAAAGAGAAAUCUGAAGUGACUAUGUAAUCUGUUCAGGUUUUCUUUUUUCUUGCUUCUGCUCUAAUGAAAUGACAGUCAAUAGCAUUUUGCCAUCUGAGGAAUGAAACAGCAAUGCAACCAGCAUUCAAUUGAAAUGAUUUCAGAAUGUGUCUGAAGGGGAAUGAUUGAUAUCAUUGAUAUCAUUUUUUUUAAUAAAAGUACACUAUUUAUCUUGGAAGAUUCCAAGAUAAUUUAAGCAACAGCCUAAAUGCUCCUGUCAGAGCCUAAAGGAUUUUGUAUAUGUGUAAUGGGUGCACACACUGCCCAGCAACAGCCAAAACGCUGGUGUGUUAUCAACACCGUUUUAGUCACAAAUCCAAAACACAACACUACAUGAGGUAGCAUGAAGAAAACUAAGUCCAUCUGAGCCAGGCCCAGUAUGGGAUAUAUUUGUACUAACAUCACUGUGAGGUCAGAACUUCAGUUUACUUUUGAUCUUUAAUGGUAUGAAAGAAAAAGACUUCUGGAAGUAAGAAGACAUGGCUUUGGGAACUGAGCUUCUUCAGCAUUUGGGUUGUGUUUGUUCCUUGCUUUGUGCCAGUCUCAUAUGAAUGGUCACGAGAAAUUAAAUUCUUUAGAUGUGAAGGUAUGAUUUUGAAUUUCAGUUCUUAAUUCUGUUCUUGAAAAUGAGUGAAAUUUUGGACAGACUAUUAUUAUAGAAAGGGAUGAAAAUGCUGGGAGAAGAGUCCCACAUGACUGUACUGCAGAGCAUGUGUGCAAGUCCUCACCUGUGUUCAUAUAGUGUCAACCAGCUGGUUUGAAUGGUUUGCCAUAGGCUGGCUAAAAUUACCCUGGAGAGAAUCAAGAGUGUGUGUCUGCUUUAUUCACUAUCUGUCUUGUCAGAUCAGAAACUUCUAAUGAGGACACUGUUGUGAACAAAAGGCUGGAGGUCCUAAAUCAUCACAGCUUCUUCUGUGAUCAUCAUCUGAAAAUAUUGUUGUGCAUACCAGCUUUACAACUGGUUAAUGCAAAAUAGAAAUUCAAGUGCAAAUAUAUUGUAAAACAGAAUGGUGCCUUGUCAGGAAAGAGAGGGGACUCAAUUUCAGAUACGUUAGACAGUUCAUAGCAAAAACCUGGCCUGUCUGAUAUCACUGUUCUAGAAACAGACGUGAGACCAGGAAAUGCUACACACUAAAUCUGAUUGGAAAAUAAGUUAUUUCAAGUUGGUACAUGGUGACUUGGAAAAGAAACCUUAAAUACAUAGAAAUAAUUAUCAGUGGUAUUGUGGUCAGAAUUUGUUUAUUUUUUGUACACCACCUACCAUUCCAUAUACAUUUCUGUAAAGUUUUGGUACUUCCAAUGUGACAAUAACCAUAACAAAUAAAUAGUAUAGUGUUUCUAUAAUAACAUGGAUGGUAGAUGAUUAAGUGCAGCUUUUGAUGAUAUUAUAUAACUGAUCUACAUCAAUUAUGCAGCCAGUGUUUGCAAUGCAAAGUAAAAAAAUUCUGUAAUUGCCUUUAGAACAUUCAAAUAUUCUCUUUAAUUAUUAUUUUUCACCAGCAAGGUACAUAAAAAGGCACUGCACUGAAUGUCAUGAGUAGUUUGCACUGACUCUGGAGCACAGAGUAAAGGUACUGCUAACUAGAAAGCUUUUUUCUUAAAGCUGUUGCUCAUGAGAUUAAAAUAACUGAAAGGUUAAUACAAAAAAUAAUGUCUUAUGUUGUUCAGACUAUGAUUAUCUUUUCUUUCAUUUUUGAGUUGCAUGAAAGACUAGCAUAAGGCUUAGCAGUUCAAAGUAUUUAUUAAGGUUAGAAAGAGACAUUUUAGGAAACAAGUUUUUCUGUUUCUUAGCAAGAAGCCAUAAAUAGUUUGCUUACUGCCCCCAAACAAGUCUCUCAGAAAUGACCCAAAUACUUUUCUUCAAAAUGUAAUAAAAAGUGGGUUUUUUGUUUUUGUUUUGUUUUGUUUUGUUUUAUAGAAACAUCCCUGGGGGCUGCAGAAGCCUUCUGAACAAAUCCUAGGGGUUUACCUCUCUGAGAAUUUUGUACCUAUUAAUGGCCAAACAGAGGCUCAUUGUCUCCAUUUCCUUUCACUCCUCUGCCUCUGUACUGUCCUAUUUAAAGUCCCAUCUCCCCAGCGUGUGCCCUCCAGCAGCUGAACCACAGAGAGAUUAUGGAAGCCCUUGUGCUUCCUGGCAAAGCAGUUAUCCUCAGGCAUUUUGUAGAGCCAAGAGAUCUUUAUUCCCAGCGAGCACUGUCAAUAAUGGAUUUUUUGCUGCUGUGGGGUUCACUCAAUAGAGAGUUUCUUUCAGGUUUGGGGAGUUUUUUUCUCAAUUUGCUAUUUCUUUUGUUGAUUCAAAACAGAUUAUUCUGCAUUUCAGUUGUGGCUCGAAGGAGAGUUUUGUGUAUUUUUAUCCUCAGCAGAAUCCAACCUUUAUAAGACAAAGAGAUUGCUGUGAUACUUCAUAGCUAUUGCUGUUUAGUUGACUAGAUAUUGGACCAUUUGUUUAAUUAACGUACUUGUCAUACACUAGAUCAUAUCCCUGUUAUUUACGCUACAACAAAGAACUGAAUUUAUCAGCAUGAGUUUGAUCUACUGUUUAACACUGUUGCUGAAUUUCAGGUAAGUUGCUGUGCAAAGUUUAACUUCUACAGUAUGAAAUUAGGCUUCGAUACUUAAACUGGCACUUGUACUCAGCCUGUUUCCUUAUAUUCUCUUGUUUCCUUGCAUUCCCUUCAUAUACUUUCUCAUUUCUUUGGUUAACUAAAAUUAUAAUGCACACAAUAGAAGUUAGGAAUUGAAAUUUAAAUUGUGAAUCUUUCAUUGUCCUAACAUUUUCCCUUACCCCUGCAUCAUUUUCUAGCACAAAACUUUUAAUAUGUAUUUUUUCAUAUUAGUCCCCUUUUAGCACUGAGAAUUGUUUCCUUCCCUGAGAAAAAAUCAUGUCCUUCCUCAUGACCCUUGAAGGCUCUGUGCAUCACAUAUCUAUCAUUGCUUUAUUUUGCGUGCAGGAAUGGAUGUAGCUGGAAACUACAGAGAAAGCUGUGCUAAACACAGCUCCAGGUGACUGCAAAAUCAGCAUGUGAACUGUGCCUUCAGUGGUGGGUUUACAAAAAAUUCUUAUGAGAGUUCUUUCAACGUUUUCACAUUUUUGCUGACUUUUUCGUGGUAGAAAUUUUGAAAUACCUGGUCAAGGCUUAAUUUUCCACAUCCACUACAUUUGUAGGAGGGAAAAUAACUUUUGAACAACAGUGAACUAUAUCACACACUGUUUUCAGCUGCUUUGCUAGUGCAGAUGUGGGUUUUCAGAGCAAAUUUUGAGAUUUUUCACCAUUACUGCAAACAGAAGUGCCUUAAAAACUUAUUCUUUUAUUUUUUUUUAACUGAAGCACAAAGUCUUUCACUUUUAAAUGACUGAGUAUCUGUUCAUUUUCAAUCAAUUAUACCUGACUUGCUCUUACAAUACUUACACCUUAGAUAUGAAAGUCCGUUAAGACACAUACAGUCAAGAGUACAAGAAGUCUUCAUUUAUGUAAGCUGAAAAUGGUGCAUUUCUGCAGAGAAGUGCAAGGAAGGCGUAUUUCAUGCGGUGCGGCUACAAUUGCAAGCGAAAAUAUUCCUCCUGGAGAUGAGUAUAAAUACCAACGCAUGCUGUGUGACUACUGAAUGACUUGAAAAAUCCUUUUACUUCAGAUGCAGUGCCUUAGCUGAAGUCAAUGGGAUUGCACUGAUGUAUGACUGAAGAACUUGCAUAUGACGCCCCUUGUCCCAUUCACAUUAUUCAUAAUUCUGCAGAGAUCUGAGUCUCUUUUGACCUAAACGGUAGUUGAUUUUCUGUGAAAAUGUAAAAGGAAAACUUGGUAAUGUUUUUCCUUGCUUCCCAUCUGCCCCACUCCCCUUGAUGAUGAAAGAGUGCCUGAGGAACAGAGUUUGAAAGGCUGGAAAAAGGAAAAGGAGUCUGAUUUGUCCCAGGCUGGACUUCUCUCGAUUUAGGUGUUCCAGACCGUGUUAUUGGAGGUGAAAUCACUGAGGAAAACUUGGCUGACAUCCUUAGAUGUGAUGUCUUUAAUACCUUGCAAACUUUAGCUUAAAACAUUAGAUUUCCACCUCUAAAAAGUAAUUAAUUUGAUAAAUAAGCUAGUUGCCACUAGUUGCCCAAACGGUAAUGUUAUUCACCAUUCUAUUUGGAGACCUCUGUAAAAAGAUGAAAAAGAGUAGAUUUUUACACCAAAAUCCCUUUUAAAUGUAAAUUGUUUAAUAGGACACUACUGUAAUUUCAUUUAAAGGCAAAGUUCUGAUAUACAGUGGAGGAUUUGGAUUCAAGUCAUGUUGUUGUAUGUUGACUAACUGCCUCAGGAGACAGACUUGUGACAAAUUUGGGAGUGGUCUGAUCUCCCCCCUUCUGGGCUCCCUGCAUUUACUGUUUAAGAAUGUGCAUAGGAAGGUAGUACUGCUCUUAUCAGCAAAGCCAUGGAGGAAUAACCAGGAGAAGAGGUUUUAGGGGUAAAGUGCUAAGACUUUCAACUCCAUGAUCCCAAAAGGUGAGGAUUCAACUCCACAGCGGGAAGAAGUCAGGCCUCUGACAAUUCUCCCAGUCUAUGAGCAAGUAGGAGCAAUGUUGCUCAAUAUCUCACGUACUGCAUGGCUGUGGGUAACUUGUGCUGCAUCUCUAGGAGAGCCCUUCUUGCCUGCCCCUCCUUCUCUAUUUUAUGUUUUAGGAAGUACUGUUCUUGGAUUCUCACCUCUAUUCCACAAGCAACUGAAAUGAACGGACCUAUAUAGAAGGCAAAUCUGAAAUAGAGACAUCACCCAUGGCCAGACCCAUUAAUUAUUUGGGUAUAUCUGUUUCUACUGGAGAAUUUGUUGUUUUGUAUGAUGAAACAUCUUGAUUCCCUAUCAGGUGAGACUAGGACUAGUGGGCCUGUGAGCCAUGCCAAUCAAGGUUGUAACGGAGAAUUAAGGAACCUUCCCUUUAGAGAACGGCUGGUCUGCGUAUUCUGUUUCUGACAGUCAAGCAAGUGUUCCUUACUGGAACUAAGAGACUUAAUGAAAAGUUAAUAAAUAUUGGAAUAUUCCUGUGAAAAGUUCUGGUCCUAAGAAACUGGCAUUUUCUAAGAGAAGGUCAUGAUAUUGAAAAUUGCUCUGUAAAUGCUCUUCAAUGAUACCUUUAGACAUACUCCCCAUGCUUAUUUUAUAGCUGGUCCAUGAUUUUUUUUUUCUUAAAUACAUCUGAAAUUUUGGUAGCUUUUUAUUAUUACAUUUAAUUUGAACAGAUUUAUGUGAGUACUUCUGGUCUACAUUGAAGGCAUAUGGAGCGUCAGGUGUUUUGAGACUACAUGAAUUUGUUCUGUUGUUUAGAUGGAGGAGAAGCAAGAUCGUACUGUUUUCCCAAAGUCAGAGAAAAGAAGGAACAAAUGAAAAGUCCCCAUUAUUUGUUGUGAUCCAUAUUUUUUUUUAAAUACCAUUCUUAUUCAGGUCUGUCCACAAGUUUUUCCUCUCUGUUCUACCUGCUGUGUUUCUUCCUUGUGUUUCUUUUCUAUAUACUGUUAGCUGCCUCACCCUUUUCUUUUUUCAUAAGCCUCUGGUUGUGGUACAGCUGACAAAGGCACUGAACUCCAGUAAAUGAGAAAGCUUCAGGAUUAACAGCUUAAAACCAGUUUUUUAAACUGUUUACAUCACUUGGCGUAGCAGUGAGAGAGACCUCUUUCCAUGGUGUGUGGCCCAUAUAUCCAUCAGUUGGGAAGAAAAAUGAUGUCUUUUUCAUGGAUCAGUAGGUCAUCUUCCCAGUAUGCUAACCUGGGAUCCCCAAGAAGCAGCUGAAUUGAAUUUUGUAUUUUGUCUGUGUUUCUUUCAUAGAAAAGGUGUCUUAUACUCUCUACAGACAAAAUUAUGUGGUAGUAAUUAGAUUUUUAAGCAUUUAAUUCCAACUUCUGAAGGAGCAGCAGAUGGCACAAAUCUAGGAUACGUGAGGAAGAAAAACAGAGAGCAGUCUCCCAGUGGAGUGCAGGUGUCAUAAGGAGGAUGGAAGCUUGAGGCAGUAGGUAUGCACAUCUAGAAAUGUCACGGACAUAUUAUCUAGCUUCAUUUUUUUUUUGCUCAGUGAAAUUAUUUUUUCUUACAGUCUCUAAAAAUAGCCAAAUUUAUUUCUGUAGAAAUAAUAACUGAGCCAAGAAGAGAGAUUUGGGAAAGAAUUUGGCUUGGUGCUCUGCACUGUCAGAAAAAAGUCGAUCCUUCUCCUGGUCUUCUCUUCCAUACUCCACACACACGUCACCAUCACAUCAUCAUCACUUUUUUGUACCAGCAUAUUUACCUCAAAAUGAGAAUAUUUGCUGCUUGCAGAAUUCUGCUAUCACCAAGCUCAGCCACACCAUAUACUCCUGAGGUCAGGCAGAUGCUUUACUUCUAGUGUACAGCUUGGUAACCUCAUUCCUGUGGAUGCUUUGCUCUGCUCAUCUCUCCAGAAGUGCUAAUUAAAAAGAAAAUAUUCCUGCUCGUGCUGAUAAACUGUAAAAUAAUUCCAUUCUUUUUUGUACUUUUGUUAUCUUGCUUUAUGAAAUAAUCAGGCUUCAGUUCCUUCAAUCUUGGAUUAGCGAGAGACAGCAAUAAGACCUUUUAUGUUUAAAAAAGAUGGUAAAUUCAUGCUGGGUCUCUUACAAUGCACCAUUUGACAUUUGUGUUCACUCUUUUCUUUUCCCCUCUUCUAGAAACCAUGUUGGGAGUACCGUUUUGAAAAAUAAAUAGUUCUAAGAGGCUGUGGGCUGGAGUCACUGAACUCAGUGUGAUUUGUAGCUCCUGCAGACAUUCAUUCAGAUGGAUGUGCUAGAUUCAAAAGUGCCCUACUCCUAAAUGACUUGCUUGCCUAUUGCCUGUUGAACUGCUUAUCUCAAAUAUUUAUAUCACACAUAUACUGAUUAGAAAUACAAACCUUGAAGCUAAGGAAAAAUAUGGUAAUGGUAAAGUAAGUAAAAAGUAAAAAGCUUAAUAAUUCCUUAUAGUUAAAUAAAAUAUAUUGUUUUCAAAACUGAUGUUCCUACACCCGUUCAAGAUGCUGGAUGCAGGUGUGAGUUAUGGAAGCCCAGCAGGUCAGACUCAGGAUGGUUUGAAUUUACUGAGUCACUCAGCUGCUGAGGUAUUCCGUUAUAGCCUUUGCUUAAGCACUGGCAUUCUCUUUUCCAGACAGCAAGCUGGUCUGCACAGCUGCAGUGCCUCUUUGUGCAGAUAUUAACAGACCAUUUGUGGUCUGGGCUUCUGUAAAUCCAAGAACUCCAGUCAAAGCAAAAGGUGAUGUGUAGUAAAUAAAAACAAUUUUUUCCAAAAGAAAUCAUUUGAGUUAGCUGGUCUGAUUGCAGUUUUCUCUGGGUGACUCCAAAGGCUGCUGGUAUUGCAGAGGAGAGAGUCACAGAUUUGUAAAGAUGAAGAACACAGUCAGAAUGGCCAUUUGUACUACUCAUCUGCAAAUGAGUGAAUGUUAGAAAGAAGGUGAAUAAUAUUUUCUCCUGGUGUAUUUUAGAUCUCAAGUGGAGUGAAUGAAGCUUAAUUUGAAACAAAUAAAAACAAAUCAUUAUUGCCUGAUGGAGACAGGCUGUUAUUUCAGCAUAAUAAAGAGAGUUUAAGUGCAGUGAUAUGCAGCACUUGAUCUAGAGGAAGCACUAAUACAUGCAGGAGCUUUUCUGUAUGCAGAGGCAGUACUGUUUUUUAGCUUCAUGUUUAGGCACAGUGGAAAUAUACAGCAUAUUCAAAUAUGCUUGAAAGGAAAGUGGUAGAGAGUUGAAGCUCUGCUUUCAGUUAUCCAUGUGAACAAAGGUGGAAUUUGUCUUUCAUGGAUGAUAAAGAAGCUGCUUCUCUUAUUUGUUGCUUGCAGUCUAGAUCACUGCCUGUACGAUUUCUUGAAAUGAACUAUAUGUAUUAUUAGCUAUGUGAAUCUAUUCAUAGCAGAAGGAGCAUUUUUGAUGGGCUUUUUGCUAUUUCCUGCCCCCUGCCGCCCUCCCAGCCCCGCUAAAUCUUUUAAUCUGGUGUUUGAGAUUCUUUCCCGAUAGCAUUGGAUUCUUGGUAAGACUUUUAAAUGAUACAUAUAUAUGGUUCACUUGGGAAAAAAAUGCUCAGUUCCAAUUGUCAUCCCCUCUUUGGUAUGACAGCCUGCUAUUCAGGGACUGGAGUUACACAUCUGCAUCUAGACGUAUGUUGAAAAAAAUGGCAUACUUCAAUUUACAUCUCAGAAACACCAAAAAUGGUAUGCCAGAAAUGGGAAAGAAAAAAUUAUAUGAGUCUCCUCUUUGUGUAGAUACAUUAAAUGAAUGAGGGUUGCAUCUCACUUGAUUAAUUUAUACUUGUGUGAGUGGAAAGCAAGUCUCUAUUUAGAAUUGUUUCUACUUUAAGCCUGUAGUUUUUCUGACAUAAGUGAAACAGCAGAAUAUUCAAUUAAGCUAUGUCAAUUAAAAACUGUCUAACAGGUAAUAGCUGGACAAAACAAAAUUAAAAAAUAAAAAUAAAAAUUAAAAUUAAAAAAAGAACAGUUCCAGAGACAUUACAAAAAAAAAGAAAAACCAAACAACAUUAGUACUGAAAGAGAAAAAACAAGCCAAUUGUAAGUCUGAACCUUAAGUAGAUAUAAACUGGAAUAUGCCCUUAAGAAUUUUGGAACAGGUGAGACAGACUGACUGGCAUGCUUUGGUUAUUUACAGAUGCUCAUCAUGGUCUGUUAAUGUCCAUAGAAGAUCUGACACUGGCUUUCCUGGGGCCAGGAUUUCAGCUCAGAUAUAUUUGUUGGGAGCUGGAGAUCAUAAAUUAGAAGUAAGAAAAUCUAGAAAUACCUCCAUUUAGAAGGACAGGUUUUUAUGUAGGUUUUCCAGCCUGGCAACUAGGUCAAAACAGCAAGAUUGAAAUGGGUGUCCCUCAUCAGCCUCUUCUUUGGGAAGACAUUGUAUGUAAUCCACUGUAUAAGAAGAGGUAAAAAUUAAAAGUUUUCCUUCUGAGAAAUUUAUGUGGGCACCUCUUUUUACAUAGAGCAUCUGACUGAUGCUGAUAAUUGAGAUGGGUGGAUUUAUCCAUGAUACUUCAAUAAUACAAAAACUCAUAGACAUUAUACUUACUAGCCAAUCACAGGAAAAAAAUACUCUAAUACCGUUCCUGCCAUGCAGCUUAUAUGUCUUCUUUAGCUUUGGGUUCAGUGAGAACAACCAUAUAUGUUUUUACAGAAUUUCCUUAAUAGAUCUCAAAAUGCUUUAAAAAAUAGACUGAUAAUAUUUUUCACAUGGAAAAGCUGAGGCAAAGUCGAGUGAAAUAAUUUCCAAAGUGCAUUCAGCUGUCAAAUAAGAGAGUUGGAAGUUUAGGCUUCAUAUACAGCAUCUGAACCUUACAAUUAUCCCUAGCUUUUCCUAAAAAAAACCCAUUGUUUUUGUCAGUUUCUUUUUUGGCUUUGUGUGCUUGUGUUUGGUGCUGUUUUGUUUGUUUAUUUUGGUGGUCAAUAUCUUCUGGCACAUUAUAAAUGUUGACAGAUUCUUAACUUUGUAGGUUCUAUGAGAAGAUUAAUUUCUCUACUUAUUUUACAGAGAGGAUCAGAUCUUGAAAAGCACUUAGGUGCUUAAUUCCCAGAAAAUUGACUAAAAGAUUUAAUCAAGCUUCCACAAUAAGGCUAUGUCUAAGCCAGCCAUUGAAUCGAGCUCUCCUGAGCCCAGCAACAGUGCCCUGGGGACAAAUGGAGACGCAACAUGAUGUGACAUGUUAUAUCUUCACUAUACAAUGUUAUAAAAGGGAGAAUCAGAAGCAUUUCUUAGUUCGUGCUUGACUGGAACUCAUGCAGCUGACAUUUAUUAUUGGUAAUUCACAGCAACAUACAUUCACAAUUAAAAAGCCGUUUUGUGACUUGUAAACAAAGACUUUUCAGCCUGUACUUUUGGAUUCUUUAGGUCUGAACUGUCAUUCCAGUUCCUGCAUAACUGCAGACCAUGAGAAUAAUACAAUAAUUUUGACCUUUACAGGACCUAUAAUGAGGUGUUAUUUAAAGAUUAGUGUAACAUCAUUGUUUAUUUUCUACUGAAUAAUUAAGUAAAAGUCUCCUUCCAAAUCUCUUGAGGCUUCAGAUGUCAGCCUUCUGCUUUUAGUCCCCAGAUUCUAGAGCUAAGGGGAAACAAUUAAUGAAUAGUCCUUUAAGAAAAAACAGGUUUUUCUGCCCCCCUUUUUUUUCUUCCUAAGUCUCAGGGGCUUAGAUUUCAGUUUAAAUAUUUUGCAAAACUUUAAUCCCUCACUCUACUGUGAGAGCUGAAUUUGGCAUCAAACUUCAUAAACUUUCAUAAAUGGUCUUUUAAUGCUUCUGGAGAAUUCCUUAAACAAACUUAAGGCAAUUAUUUUUUUUAAUGGGCUGUCUCCACGUAGUCUUCCUGAGGCAGCUCAAAGUGUGCUGGAGAAUGGCAACUGUUAAAUAAAAUGCUGAAAGUCUCACACUUUCUGCUCCAUAGAAUUUUCAGACAAUAAAGACAGCAAACUAAAGCCUGCUACACUAAGCCGCACUCUUUAUUUCAGAUCAGAUGCUUCUUCAUUCCAAGAUAUAAAUACAGCAUUGAAAAGCCAAACUUCAAAUUAAAGACAGUAUUAUUUAACAUAACACACAUGCCAUUUGAAGUGAUCUAUCAUGAAAAUAUCAUAAUGCAAUCAGCAGCUGUAAUGAGACACCCGUGAGGCUGGACAAACAAGGCAACCAGAUGGUGCUCACAGCUCUGCAUAUUCAAUCAACAUUUUUCAUAUUAUACCAUAAACUUUAUUCUCUGGUGCAAAGAGCCACACAAUUGAAUCUUGACCAGCUAAUGUGUUCGCAUGCAUUGUCAGGAGCUACUGUUGGAUCUCAUAUUCACUCUUAUUAAACAAACUCAGAAUAUCACGUACUGACUCAAAUGUAAAGUACGAGAGAUGAACCAUCAUUUACAAAAAGGAAGGAAAGAGUAAAUAUUUCUUUUUCAUUACGUUAACUGUGGGAAAUCAACAGGCACUGCUAAACAGUAGCCUAAAAUCUCUGCUGUACCCAACUGCAAUAUGGUCUGAGAAUGUGAAGGGUUUAUUGGCACAAAUAUUCAAGGGGCUGCUUUCCUACAUCAGCUCAGGGGCUCACAAAUUUAAAAGCCGUCAGUGUUUAGUAUCCUCUCUCGCUCUUAUCAUGUGUUUUCCAUCCUUAUAUCACUGUUCCUUCUGUGAUAAUGACACUUGGAAACACUGCACAAUGUCACCAGCUGUGUUACUUGUAGUCAGAAAUAACAUUUUUAUUUGAUUAACACAAUAUAAUUCAUCUAGAUGUAUUGAGUAAUUAUAGUCUGCAUAUGGAAAAUACCAUAAAAUGUUUAAUUUUAAAACACUUUAUCAUUACUUUUCUGCAGACAUUUAAUGUCAAACUUGUUUCUCACUCUAAAAGGCAGGGUACUGGUAGGUAGGGCCUCAGAGGAACCCUGUUUAGGAUAAUCUAAGGCUAAACUGCCUCCUUAUUAUAGCUAUUUCUGAACACCAAACAAGGGGCUGCUUCUUUCUUUCAUCCUUGCACAAGAGCUAUGAAAGCCAAUCAGACUUUUGGCCGCUGCUUCUUUCCAUAGAGGAAAAAAAAAAAAAAAACACACAGGAAUUUGUAAAUGUGUAGGUAUGCAUAUGUCACAGAGGCACCCUGAAGUUAGUUUUAGGUGGACAACAAGGUCCAAACCAAACUUUUAUUCUGGUCAAAAAGGUGCAGCAAAUUAACCGGUAAAGGACGGGGUUUUAGCACUCCAGUAACGUAAAUAGGGGUUUGAGUAUCAGUUGAGGAAAUUAUUGGGGUGCAGCAAAUAAUAACAAUGGAGAUCCACAGUGUGCAUACAUGUGGCUCACCAAAAACAAUGUCAGAGCUGUCCCUGACUUCAGGAAACAAAUACACUUGCCUGAAUCUGGCAAGGAAUUAUUAAAGAAGUUACACAUCCUUAUAUUUAAGCAUGGAAUCAUUCACCCACAUGUGGAGAUGAGGCAGUCCCAUUUUUCUUUCAGUUUACCUUAGACGGCGUCCCAGUCCUGGGAGGGCUCUUGGCGGCAGCAUUUGGCCUGCACUCCAAGAGUACAUGCCAAGCACAUGCCUCGGCGGGGUCCCGUUUGUAUAGCCGAGUCAGAUCUGACUGUGGCCAUUCCAGAAGCUUCUCUGCACCCCGACUCUGGCUGUGGGGUGCCCUGAAACUUCUCGGCACCCCCCACUCAGGCCGUGGGUGCCCAGAAACUUCUUGGUUACUUGGUGCCUCUGUGCCCCCUCCUCCUUUCUCUUAAUGACCCUGGCCAAUGGUCUCUGGGGUCAUACAAAAGAAGCUUUCAACCGCAUUGCAGGAGUGAAGGGGGGAAUGUGUUGAGAGAGAGGGCAAUGGGCUUGCACCUUCCAUAUCCAAAGAAGGUGGGGUUAAGGGGGAAGAGAGGGGGGUGUGCAACUGCCACAGCAUAUGUAAAUGCUAACUUAAAAUGGUCCAGUACUGAAGUGAAACUCCUGACUGAUUCAUUCAUCUUUAAAUAUAAUAUUUGGGUAUAGGUACCAGAGAGGUUUGAAGUUGAGUUUAAAGUAUCCAAAGUCUGCAGUGCUUGGUUUUGUACCAAAUGUAAGUACAAAUGUACUUUCAGAGUGUACAAGUCAGACCAACUUCAUGAACUGCUUGUACAGGCUGCCAACGACUGUUUUGUCAUGCUCAAAGUAUGAUUACAAUCCAAACUUGAGCUAUUAUACUAUAUAAUACUGAAAGAAGAAAUGCACAGGAGUCACUAAGCAAAUAAGCAUGUGAUUGAGAGUGAUCCAUUCGAUAAGUGCUUCUAAAAAGCUUUGGAUAAGACUAUUUACCAACAACUUUUAGAGACAUUAAAACUGCCAAGAAAUAACAGGAUUGGAUUUCUCUCAAUUAUAUCAAUUUCUCUCAAUUUCUAAACAAUUGGUAAGAAACAAAGACAUGGACUGAAUGGUCAGUCUUCACAAUGGAGAGAUUUUACCAGUGAAAUGCCACAAGGAUCUCAGCUGGAGUCUGUAUCAUGCACUAAACUUGAUAUCGUAAAUUACAUCAUUUCAAGUAAGGUUCCAAAAUUUCUGGAUAAUAGCAAAUUGCUCAAGAUAGUUGCAAAACAGUCUCGAAAAGCUCAACAGAGUGAAUGAGAAAUUUCAGUUAAAAGCUUAAAAUGGCAAAUACUCUGAAGGUUGGGUGGAAGAAGUAAACAAUCAGAAGCAAGAUCUUGGAGUCUCUGUGGAUAUCUAUCUGAGGACAUCAAUUUGGUGUGUAGCAGCAGACCAAAAAGCUCAUGGGAAUCAUGUGGAAAGAACAGAAUGUAAACCAGAAGAUAUUAUGAUGCUGUGAAUUCAUAAUGUUUUCAUAACUUGAAUACUGAAUGGAUUUUUGCCAUCUUUUCUCAAAAAAAAAAAAAAAAAACAAACCCAAACCAAACAAAACCAAAAACAAACAAACAAAAUCAAAAAACAAAUAACAAAGCCAAAACCAACCAACCAAACAUACAUACAGAGAAUUUUAAGGAUGGUCAGAAACACAGAAAAUAUUCCACAUCAGGUAAACUGGACUGAGUAAGACAAUCUUCAAAGGGGAUGAAUGUAGAAGAAGUGUGAUUCAGGUUUAUAUAGUUUUGUACCACGUGAAGAAAAUCAGUAGAAAAUUACUAAUAUGCUGUUGUUUGCGAUAUAGGAGAUUAGAGUUGGCAGAGCAGAAGGUUUAGAAGGGAAAGCAGCACUUUUUCACACAACGCAGAAACGAAUGUCUUCUGUUAAGAUUUCCCAGUUUAUAGAGGUCAACAUUAUAAAAGAGUGAAUAAAUAGGUGUGUCAGCGUGGAAGAUGGAUCAAAAAGUACCUAAAAUGUGAUUGCCAUAACUUAGGGGAAAGGGAGAAAAUAUAGAAGUCAAGAAUUCCAGUACACUUCUUGUUUCUAUUACUGUUUUCCUAAAACUCUGCUACUGCUUGCUUUCAGAGGUAGGAUACAAGUUUAGAGGACUCAGACUAAUGCUUUUUACAUAGUUGAGUCAUUGAUGUUCUCAAAAUCAAAUCUCUGCCUGAAGUUACUCAGUAAAAUUAAACUCCACACUAAAAAAUAUCUAAAUACACAUAUGGUUUAAAUGAACACUUUUUUUCUUAAAAGUAAACAUAUUGUCAUUUCAGGGUUAGGAGAUGUGUUCUAACACACUUUCCACUGCCCAGGGAGCAGGGUUUUAGUGGGGGACAGGUAUGAUUCUAACACAGCUCCUGUAGCUUGCCCUCAGCUACACCCCUUGUGGAAGAACAAUUCCUAAUUGGUCCAGUCUUGCCAUGUCCUUGAAAACUCCCUUAAAAAAAAAAAAAAAAAAAAAAAAAUUACCACACAUAAUGUUAGGAAAUCCAUAAAGUUUUGGGGUUUGUUUGUUGCUUCCUUGUUUGUUUAUUUGCUUUUUUAAACCCACUUUAUUAAUACAAUGUUCAGGAAUUACACCUAACUAGCUUGCCACUUAAAUAGCUUUCUUCUUUCAUUGGCUUAGCCAAAAUUUUAUGCUGGAUUUUGUGACUGAAAUGACUUGUGUGUAGAGUUCUGUUUUCUCAGUAAACUAUCUGUGCUGUGGGCACCAGUUCCCAAAUCAGUGUACCCAGAAGCAUUUCCUUCAUCUUUAGGAAGACAGUUUUCAAAACUGUCCCACAAUAGUCUUACAAUACUUGGGCCCGUAUUCUUCCAUCUCCAGAAUGACUGAUGGGAAAUGAAAUUUCAGAAAAAGCUUCAUAUUUUUUGAUAUGCUCUCAGAUUAGAUUAAGAUUCCAGAAGCUCAGACUGAAUCAUUUUUACACUGAAUGGUUUAAAAAUUGUUUUUAAUUUUAAACUUAAUGUGUGUAUAUAUAUAUAUAUAUAUAUAUAUAUUAAUCUGAGCUUGUUUUCUAAAAUUUAUUAUUUAUUUGGAUUAUCGUAAAACAAAUGUAGACAGGGACUAGUCAUUUCUCAUAUCAAAAAUUGAAACUCUUCAUUGCUCCUGAGAUUUCAGCCUAUUUUAUCAUGCCAAGUUAAGGUAGUUUUGUAGAAUAUCAGGCCAGGCUAGCCACCAGAGUUGGUGACAAACUCUCCCAUUACCCUGGGUAAGUGACUAGUGCACCUGUCUUCUUAAAUUUGUCACAUAUGUACUUUACAUGAACACAUGUCAGUCAUUUACACAUAUUAUCUUUCCUGUUCCCCUUUGCAUUUUAUAAUUACAAUUUCACUGGCCAAGAGGAAGAGAGGGAGGACUCCAUCACUCUUAAUCCUAAGAAAACAUCCCAUGGAUGGCAAGUCUUGUAUUCUAACUCAGUUCCAUGAAUAUGUCAGUCAAAUCACAAGUUAUUGGAGGUUUUGAACACGGUGACCUUUUGGAUUUAAGUGCAUUAACUAGGAGCCCUUUGUACCUACAGGCAAACUCUUACUGGAAUUCCACUAAGUGAGUGUUGACUUAGGGUUAAGUCACAGUUCUUACGGGACAAAUCGCAGGUUUGUAGCCUACUGUGGAAGGGCUCUUUGUAAACAGUCCUGGAGAGUUCAUGUCUGGAAACAGGUUAGUUCAAUUUCUUAUCUAGCCUGUACCUAUGAUGUGCUAUCAUGACUGUAUUGUCAAAUGAAUGUAUAUUCCAGGUUAGAUGGAGGGGAAAUCUUCUGAUAAAAGAGAGAGGAAAUAAACCCUGUCAAUCCAUUACUGUACUUGCAGCUAAGAAAUAUAUAUGUGUGUGGGCAUUCUCUUUGAUUUAAAUCAGCUUAAAAGGACUUAUAUAAGCAAAAAAUUUGAAUUAAGUUAUUUUCAAGAAAUUGUAUGAAUGCAGAUAUGCAGGUACUGUGCAGAGAAUUAAGCUAGCUCUGAAUGCCUGCAUGAUUCUUAUCACAGCAUUUAUAAAUUAUUUAAAAGGCAGCUGGCAAUUUGAAGGACUAUUGAUGAGCCACAGCAUGGUGGGAGGGAAUAAAAAGGAAUAUAAAGAACAAAUUCCACAAAGAUAAUUUCAUUUGAAUGUGAGUUAUUUAAAAGAUUCUUAUUUGCAAACAUUUUUUAUUUUAUUUUUGUCUUCUUUUCUCCGUUGGAAAUGUAUACCAUAUGAAAGCACAGAAACUUCUUGCUGCCAAAAUCCAUCUUUUUGACAUCUUUUAUGCUGCUUAGCUAAAGAAUUAGAGGGAAUAAAGGUUUCUUUGCAAGUACUGCAUAGCAGAGUAUGGUAUAUUUUCAAAUUUUUAGUCUUCCUAAUGUGAUUUGAUGAUAUAAUUACAAAGCUAAACUGUUGACAUAAGGCUGCAAAGUAAAUUAACUGGAGUCUGGCUGUUAUUCCUGAAACUAAAAAUAACUAAAAAAAAAAAAAAAAAUGAGCUGUUGUGUGCAGUUAGGACAGUAUAAUCACAGUAGGGGAGAAUUUAAACUUGACAAGUCUAUCUUAUGAAAAUCAAUUUAAAAUUCUUAACAUUAUUUAAUUUCUGUGGUCUAUGUGUAAUAACACUGCCAAAACCCAAUUAAUAUGAUGCGACACGCUAAUGGAGUUUUCAGGUGAUCUUUGUAGCAUUGAAGAUUUGAAAUAAUCAGAAGACUACCUUACUUCAAAGAAUGCUUUAUAAGAAAAUUCAUUUCAAGUUAUGAUAAUCUUACGUGUUUAUAAACAAUGAGGAUGACGGAGGGAGGGGAAUAUACUCUGUCCAGCCAUUACAGUACACUUGCUAAACCUGUGGUAACAAUGAUACAUGUGUUCUAUUGGACCGUAUUUCAUCAUAAUAAACCUUUGGGUGCUUCUGAUAUCCUGCACUGAUUUAUGAUGUCUCAUCAGACAAUAGAGUAAUUCCUCAAAUUUUCUUUAUGCUUUUGUUUUCUUAUAUUAAAAAAAAAAAAAUGGAGGUGUGCAAGGAAGCACCUAAAAUAAUCCAUGCUCUGCAGGGAACACUCAGUAGAAGAGAAAUUUUGUAUAUGUAAUAUGUAAGUUCGUGGUCAUUUAAGAUGUUUCACAAACUAUCAGUGAGACAUAUGAAAUAGAAGGCUUGCCUGAGCAAAGCAAAGGGUUUGAGAAAACGUAGUUGUCACUGCAAGACAGCUGCAAACUGAGAUUUGAAUAUUCAAGAUUUCUAUCAACCCCCUGUUUAGUCUAUUACUGAGAAUGUACAGUACUGUCUAAACUUGACACAUGAGUAUUUGUGGUCCCGACUCAAGGUAGAAUAUUACCAAUGUAGUCACUGUGUGAUGGUAGAACAGCAAGUAGAGAUUAAAAAGUCUAUUUCAAAUAAUACCUCAAGGAACACUGGAAGGAACUUGAUUGUCUCUUCUAAACCCAUAGAGACCCUAAGUGGUAUUGGGAUUUUAUUUAUGGAGAGAACGAUUAGAUAUCAGCUACAAAAAUAAAAAGAUUUUCCGAAGUGGUAGGUCUCACAUGAACGUCCUAGUAUCAAAACCUAUGGUUUUCUGACUUCUCCAGGUUUUGUUGUUGUCUCAGUUUCAGAAGGGAAAUAAGAAAAACAACUUCAGUAAGAUUAAGUCUGACAGUUAUUUUGUUUUCAUUGCUCCAUGAUCAUGUUAGAUCCCAGAGAAGAAAAAACUUGUCCUUUUACUAUUUUGCAUACCUUAUGGCCUUAGCAGAAGUCAUUUACCAGAUUAUAGUCUCUUGCAGGCAAAUAGGCCAGGUGGAAAGUCCACUUGACUGACUCUUGCUAAUUUUUUUAACAAUGAGCUAGUAUUUGAGUGUGAUUUUUUCUAUUGUUUAUAGCAGAAAAUAGGUAUUUCUUAAAUUUCUCCAAUGCUGCAGUUAGUUUAACAUCCCUUGCACAGGCCUAUCUCACUGGAGAUACAAGUGCUACCAACUAUAGUCCUGGUACUGCCAUCAGGGUGUUACAGUGACAAUCAGCUGAAGUCUUGACUACUGUUUCUAUUAUAAAAUAGAAGUGUGGGAGAAACUUCAGUAUCAAAUUUUAAAUUUGAGAGUUAUUAUGGAUUUAGAAUAAACCAUGCCAGCAGAAGCUGGAAUAUGGCCAUUUCAGUUUUUUUCUUACAGAUUGUCAACAAAAAAUGAAAUGGAGCAUUAAACCAGUAAUUCAGGGGGUUAAAAUUCCACUGCACCUCGUUCAGUAGCUGGUGGCUGGGUUUGAACAUAACCCUUAGAAUGACAUUACUUUUUGAUUCAAGGAUUGCAACUACUGGGAAAAUCACUGACCUAUUUCAGUGUUUUUGUGUAGAAGAUUUGGUAUAAAAAAAAAUCAAAAUACUGGUUUUAAUAUUAGAAGCUUCCACUGAUACUUACAUUGUGAAAGGAAAUGUCUUUCAUCUGUCUAGUGGUUCUUAAAUUAUUGAGGGAAAGACAUGUGCCUCAGCUGAUAUUAGAUUCUUUCAGAACUAAGAAUCUGUAUACUGUAAUUAGUUUUCAAUCCUCUGUUUACAAGCAGAACAAAUUUGUUUAAACAAGUCUUACAAGAUUUCUCAUAUUAAGCUUUUUUUACAUCUGUGAAGGAUUAGUGAUCUGCUAAAAUACAGACUGAAGUAAACAAAGUAGAACUGGUAUAAAACUAAUAUGGAAGAGAAUCACAGCCCCUACAAACAGUGCACCAAAAUUGAUUCGGUCUUUGGAGGUGGCAUAAAUUUGUAUAUUCUCUUUCAAAAUGACAUUUCAACGUUUAAUUUAUUCACAUUAUGUCUAAAUGUAUAGCCAAGACUGCAGAAUUUCUAGAAGGGUUUGUGCUUUGUUCUGAUCACUUAGUUCCUUUGAGGAAAAGGCCUAUUUAGAAACUGUGCAAUGGUACAAAAAGAGUAUUUUUAACAGUUUAGAAAUAGAUCAAAUGCUGCACUCCAUGCAACCGACUGUUCUUACUCUCCAAGUGACUGAAUGUCCACCCACACCUCUCUUGGAAAUUCUGAAGAAGGUGACAUUGUUAAUUCACAAAGAAUUCAUGUUUUGAGCUGUAGGCUGUACUGACAAUUUGACAGCACCCACAAUACCAGACCUUACUCUUAUGCCUAAAGCCACUUGGAAGUUUCCAAGUGAAGUUCUGUUGUCAAGGUAUGUACUUCAACACUUGUCCUUUAUAUUUGUGCCAUUACUACAACUAUUUUUAUAAAAUACCUGUCACUUGUUGACCAGCAGGCUC